GAAAAUGCCAAAUAUAACGACAACAUUUUCUGAAUAAUCUCAUGUAGACCCAUUUCUGUGACCCACCAACCAUUCAAUUAAUUGCUUAGUAGAACAAACAAGAAAGGAGGCCACCAGAAAACCAUGGCGAUGUCUGCAUGAAAUAUGGAUCCAAUUUAUGAGGUAUUUAUGGUAACAUAACAAUCAACUUCGUUCAUCAAGCUCCUUCUCUACUCAAUCUCAAAACUUAAUCUUCUAGUCCCCUCUCCCUCUUUCUGUAAGUCCUCUCAGCCUUUAUGUACCAAAUUGAAACUGGUUUGCUGAAAUCUGUCCACAAGUUGUAAUCCUUUUGAUGCUAUGUCUGAAAUUUGAGUAGACUAAGCUUGUGAUUUGUUAUGGUUGAAGUUCUAAAGGGUGAUGAUGAAAAAGUUAGCAUGCUUCAAACUAGAAUCAGGAUUGGUCAUGUCACAGAUUUGGUUCUGUUGCUGUUAUCACUGUUACUGUACUACUGGUAAGUGAAGUAACUAGAGCUUGAGAUUUGGGGAAGAAGCUGAGCCGAGUGUGAAAAAACUUUGACUUGUGGAGUCCUUAUGGUGUUUUAUUCCAAAGAGAUAUGUGUGUUGGGGCAUGGACCAAAAACAGCAAGCAAGCUUCAAGGGUCAACACCUCAUGAUCAGUUACUGAUUCAAACCUCAGAUUCCUUCUCUGGCUUGUUGCUGUUCACAAUUGGAUUCCUUGUGUUCAUGGUUGCUUGUGUUAAGGACUGGGAGUUCCAAAGUUUCUUUGCCAAAGGGUGUGUGUUUCUUCACAUAUCUAUGGCAGUUUGGAGAUUCUACUUUGGGAGGAAGCUUGAAGAUCUUGCCCAUGACUGGCCUAGACAUGCUGUUGGGGACAUUGCGUUGGCCACUUCCUGGCUCUUCUUUCUUGUCUACUUGUGGAGGGAGAAGUAUGAUUAGUCUUUUGCUAUAUUGUAUAUUGUAUAUUGUAUAGUGUAGCAUCCAUGGAAAACCAUAGGCCUUUAUGUUGUACUUGUUUCUCGGAUUCAUUUGUGUGAAAGUGUGUGUUUUCAAUGUAAAUUUAUAUAUCCAUAUUCAUAAAAUAGAGUUUUAACUUGUAUUUUAUUAAA